AUGGGGGUGGAGCGCCUCCUUCUUUUCUCCUUGGUUUUCAAAACACAGCUCACAACGGAAAAAGAGAUAGGUGGAGCUUUUGUCCGCUGGGUCUUCUUCUUACACUCAUGGAUUUCCGUUCGUCUCUGUCAUGGCUUCCUAUUUGACCAUCUUGGAGUCCUAACAAGGAUGGAGCACAGCGCCAGCUUUUCUACAAGUCGCUGGGCUGGGCUCGUGUGCAAUAUUGGGUCGUUGGCCUAUUAUUUCCAGGGUGCGAUGGGUUUUCGUCAAACUGCUGGAAAAGGCUUUGCUGAUUUUAGGCAUUCUAUUGAUGCUGGUUUUGUCUAA